AUAAGGAAUUCCGGUUACAAAGUUGAUUCACAACACAGCAAGCAUAAGAGCUGCAUCGGCCUGUUUGAAAAUGGUUGUUUCAAAUUUCAAAAUGCGCGAAUCACAGGUUGUAAGCUCCCAGAGAAUCCAGGCAGUUAAAACCAAUGCAGAGAGCAGCCUGGAGAGGUUCAAGGCCUAUGCAGUCUUCCAGGAGAUAAAAAAGAAGCUGGAGGAGGAUGGAGAGUCAUUUGUGAAGAAGAUUGGGGGGGUGUUUGCCUUCAAGGUAAAGGAUGGUCCGGAUGGUGAAGAGGCGAUCUGGAUAGUGGACGUGAAGAAUGGCAAGGGCUGCGUUCACAAUGACACAGCAAAGAAAGCGGACUGCACCAUUGCCAUGUUGGAUGCAGACCUGCUGUCCUUGAUGACGGGGAAAAUGAACCCACAGACAGCGUUCUUCCAGGGCAAGCUGAAGAUCACAGGGAAUAUGGGAAUGGCCAUGAAGCUCCAGAGUUUGCAGCUGCAGCCAGGCAAAGCCAAGCUGUGAGGUAGAACCUGGGGCUACAGUCAGAGGUUACCUCCCUAGCACUAUUCUAGUAUCAGAUCUUCAUAUCCUAACCUGAACCACUAGGGUUUACAACAACAAAACUGGUCCUAGACCUGCACUAAGGGGUAACUUCUACCAUUUCUCUAGCUCAACAGCAGCCACCCCCAUCCAACUCUAGUAGUGUGAGGAGAGGAAGGACCCGCACUGUAGUAAGAGAGAAUGUGAGGAGAGAAGGAUGAGAUGGAAUAAUGGAUGAAGAGAAAGACUGUUCUCCCUUUCGCUCUCUCUGACCCCACUGUCUUUUUCUAAUAUAUUAAUGACCAGAACACACUAGAGAGAUAUACUAUAUGGGUGCACUCUAAUCUCACUCUCCCAACUGUAUAGUUAGGGGGCUAAGCCUGCAAAUCUGGGUGAAACCCUAUUGUAUUUGAUGCCGUUUAUUAUUAUUAUUAUUCGGGUUCUUCCAUAAAUUGUGUGGAGAAAAAAAAUCUAAAUCACGUGAGUUGGCCCAGGAGGGUGGAUCUUUGCAAGAUGGUAAAGGACCAAACCCUCUCAUGCAAUGCCAUUCCAAUUGGCCACAUGGUGUCACUAUAGCAAGCGAUUGAAAAUGCUAACUUUGAAAGGUCAUAACCCUCACUCCUCGUCACCUAGAGUCCUAAAAUUUGCUACAUAGGACCCUCUCCUCACAAGGAACAAAUUUGCCUCCAGGACCCUGAAGGUCCACUAUGAUAGAUUUUCUGCCAUUUUUAGAAUUUUGUAAAAAAACACCACUCAACAUUAUUCCUCUGGCACCGAAUGACACAUCUGUACAACACUUGAUACAUGGCAUCUAUGGACCAAGCUCUCACAUGUUUUUCCAGGACAGCAUGUCAAACAACAUGGCUGCUACUGAUCAAUAAACAUUCAUGUGGAUGUGUUCUGGCACAUGAAUGCAUAUAACUCCGAAACCGAUAUUCGUAUUGUAACAACUUGGUACACAUGUUCCAAACACUGUCAAGACUCAACAUCUCAAUGCACAUUCAGAUCGACCAAACAAUGGCGCUAUAACGGGCACAUGUUUAUAUCUCUUGAUCCGUUGUAACUCAGACCGAUGAGUCUAGCUAAGUUAUAAAGUAUGAUUCAGUUUGGCCACAUGGUGGCAUUGUUGGACAGAAUCAUUAAUUCAAGCUCAUUGCUCAUAGAACCCAUAUUGUUUGAGAAAGAUUCUUGGAAAAUAUUACAUUAAAAGCGUAUUGCGUGAUCUGUUUGAUUUUGAGUUCUGAUAAUUGGCAAGCUUGGUAAGGAGUACAGAAGUAGCUCGUCCUAGGGCAGCUUUUCCAAUUUGUCCUGAUGGUUGCAAAGUGGUCCCACAGCUUGAACCCCGACAUUGCAUCUUCCAGCUAUAUUUUUAUAUUAAUUCAGUUUGAUUUAUUAUGACUCAGAGAAGAUCUGUUUGUAUGAAAAUUAUGUAAUGAAUUUAAUCAUGCCCCUCUCAUCUAGCAAUGUCUGAUCUUUUUUCCCCAAUAAGUUUCAUGUGGUAAUGGAUAUAUUAUCGCUCUUGACAUUUGGGACAGCAUAAUUAAUGUAUUGUACUAUCUCAGAGCUGUGCUAUAGUCAUUUCUCCUUAUUCAGCCUUUAUGAGAUAUAAAACACUGAAGUGCCUCUCAGGUGAGCAGUAUCCCCUGUUACUUCAUGAACAAGUGUAAAACUAUUGAUAAGGUCUCAUCUGAUUCAUAAAAUCUGAAAUGAACCUGAAUGGAUGAACCACUGAAUUAAUGUUACUGUGUUACUUUCAGCCAUGUUGUUGUGACUGUGACCACCUGAACGACUGAUGAUGCUAAAGUGAUUUCUCCUAAAUAAACGCUCUCUGUUACUUGCUAAUAAAUGCUGUUUAAAAAUGGUA